UUCUGGAUCUCUCUCAUGUCCUUUGCUGGUAUACAAUCCAAAGCAAGCUUCUGCUCCGACGGUGGCAGUGCAGUGCCAGCAGCGACUGCUGAGGAAUUCCCGGAUCUGCUCUUUCUUCCAGGAGUUUCUGGUGAUGUGUUUCCCAGGCCCGUCCCUGAGUUGCAGUGACAGCUGGCCCUGCCCCGUGGAGGCCGUGCAGAAAGCACGGUGUCAGAGCUGGACCAAGGGGCUCUGGGAGGAGGCAGUACUGGCACACGUGUUGUAGCAGGGCAUGUAGGUGUCUCUGGCACACGCUGCUGGAAUGGCUGCACUGGCAUAACUGGAACAGCUGUAAGGUGCUGUGUCCCUGCGAGAGCCGGGCGCCCCUGCAGCGCAGCGGCAGAGCCAGCAUGGCCAGGCUUGGUCACAGAGUGAGCAUUUGUCCUUGUGGCAGGGCCAGGCUCGGGGGCAGCCAGCCCUCUGCAGCAGCCGUGUGCUCCACAGCAGCCAGGGGUCCUGCGGCGGCCGAGCGUUGCCGGGCGGCUGGCAGAGGCGGCUCCACAGCAGCUUGCCAUUUCACGGCGGCCGGUCGUGGUCUCGGUGCUCUUGGUUGCAGUGGCAGGGCACAGAGGAAAGGCAGGGCAGCCUGUCGUGGCUCCAGGGGCUGGCACAGCAGGACACAGCGAAGAGGCAGCAGCCAGAGGGGCUGCAGGACGCCUGUUUAACUUGACUCGGGAGUGCAGGGUGUCCUCACCGCUUUGUUCAGUGACAGUGCGCUCUACUGGGGUCUUGUCCCUGUGUGGGCUGGCUCCACGGCUCUGUGCAAUGGUGGGACGAUUGGCUGGCAUAUCAUCCCUGCCCGGGGCAAUGCCACAGUCCCGGGCAGCCUCAGGGAACUCUGAGGACAGGUCACCCCCUCCUGGGGAGGCUCCGUGGCUCCACACGGCGGAUGCUCUGCCCGUUCUCCUGCUCUGCUCGCCUGGUGCCAUCCCCUCCACCAGCCUCGUGUCUCGCUCGCUCUCUAACUGGUUUAUCAGGUCCAGGAUCAGCCUCCAGGGUUCGAUGACAUUGAUGGCAGUUUCAUCGGCUGUGGCAGCUGCUGCAAGUAUGUAUCUGCCAGCCCAGUCCCAUGUGUUUAAGUCCAAGGCGGCCCCUUCGGACACGUCCAGUCCGAGCCUCCCACACCACUUGAUUAAGGCUAGUAAAGCCUGUUUAUCAUGUUUGAUCCCUCUUCUUGUUAAAGCGAGAGUCCAUACCUGGAGUGUAGGGUCCUCUGGCACCGAUGCCCAAGCUCCCAUUUCUCCCAGCGGUUUCUGUAAAUCACAAGGGUGUUUGGAUCCACACGGCUUUCCCUGGUGUUCCUUGCCACACAGUGAUCCUGUAGAAAGGUGGAGUUUUCCUCUGAAGGUCCACUGGUGAAGUAGAAGAGUCUGUUCUUCCUCUGGGAAUCCAGUGGAAAAGGUGGCUGUGGUGCUGGAAGGCUCAGAUUAUAUCCAGGCAGGAAUGCUUGGCUCCUCCCCCUGGGCGGAGCAUCUAACAAUGGGAUGAUGGAAUUUUAUCAGCCAUGCAGGGACCACUCAAUGGCCCAUUAACUGAAGAUAUCUCAGUGGAGGGAGGAUUAGUUGUGGAAGAGAUAAAGAACCCUGCCCCACCUGGCUUUAACAGCUGGUAAUAGAAUACAUACUUUUGGUUACAUCUUGCAUUGCAACCUAAGCCAAGUUUCCUGCUGGCCACAGGGCAUUUCUCUACUGCCCACAGCCCUCUCUGCUGCCUGCAGUUCUUCAGCUGCCAGCAGCUCUUUCCACUGCCCUCAGCUUCUCACAGCCCACCCAGGUGCCCUCAGCAUUCUCCGCUGCCCCAUCUCCCCACAACACUGCAGCAGCUUGUUGUCCUCACACGGGGCACAAAUGUCACUUGGGUGCUGCAGACAGGAAUGCAACAAGCACACCCUGUGGUCAUGCAGCAACAGCCAAGGAUUAUUGUCUGAAAGGUUAGGGUGUUUUUAUUAUUAUAGGGGUUUAUCAUAUUAUAGGGUUUUCAGUUACAGGGGUUUCAAAUCCACGGUUCAUAGAAGCGGGAUUGGCUAAAGAUCUCUACUCCACCCAGCUGGCUGGGCAAUGCUAGGAGUGCAUCCACGAUCCAAAGGGAUUGGCUGAGGUCCCCUGUUUGAACUCAAGUCCAACCUAUCAUUGCUAUGCCUGGGGACUCGUUUAUGUCUAUCUUCUAAUGAGCUAGGCUAGUCGAGUUGUUGUCUGUUCAGCCAAAUUAUCUGUGUAGCAUUAGACCAGCUAUAGCAGUCACGGCCAUGUAUGCAGGGAGGAAGAACAGCAGCCUGGCCCCUCAGGACACCCCCUGUGGGGGACCAGGGGAAGGAAAUGCCUGCAAGGUCAAGGAUCCAGCCAGGGAGCUCAUCCGCCUUUCUCCAUCCGUGACCCCCAUCAAAGGGCUGGAAGAGCUGAGGGACACCAAGGCUUCCUCAUCCUCCCCACCCAUGCCUGUGAUCCACAACGUCUUCAGCCUGGCACCUUACCAGGAGUACCUGGAGAAGGCCAAGGGCACAGACCCCAUCCUGUUCUGCAAGAACCAUCAGUGGGAGGACUCCUCUCCCCAAAACACGGGUGGCAGCCAGGAGCCUGCUGCCCUCAGAGACGUCUCAGUGGUGUCCAGCCUGAGGCUGGGCACUGAUGCAGUGCAGAGCCAAGAGGAAAGCUGUUACAGGAGCAUUCCUAAAAAGCCAAAGCCUGUGCCCCAAGAGCUGGAGUCUCAGGAGGGCAGGGUGGGCACUGAGGAGCCACCCCCAAAGGAAAUAGUGCUGGGAGAGAUGGCCAAAUCCCUGCCCAGCCCCAAGAACGGCUCCAAGGCUGCCAGUCCUCAGCAGGCCAGCAACGGCAAGGAGAUCUGGCUGGCUUUCCAGGACGUGGCCGCGCUCCUCAGCAAACUGCUCUCCCAGCUGAAGACCUUCACGUCCGCUUGCCCUUUCCCGCACGUGGUCCGGGCGGGAGCCAUCUUCAUCCCCAUCCACGUGGUGAAGGAGAAGCUCUUCCCAAAGCUGCCCGGCAGCUUCGUGGACCAAGUGCUGCAGAAGCACAAGGUGGAGCUGCGUCCCACCACGCUCUCCGAGGAGAAGCACCUGAGGGAGCUGGAGCUGAAGAGCUGCACCUCCCGCAUGCUGAAGCUCCUGGCCAUCAAGCGGCUUCCCGAAAUCUACCCUGACCUGCUCAACCUCCACUGGCACAGCUCCAUCCAGCAGCAGCUCGGAUGCGGAACACAUAGAAGGGAACACAACUCUGGGAGAAAUUGCACACCUGGUGAGAACGCAAACACAAACACGGUGCUCAAUCCACAGGACAUAUGGAGCCCUGCACCACAGAGGAUACGCGGCUCCUCUCCUUGCCAAAGAGAGUCACGGGAGCUGAGGCAGCCUAAGAGCUGCCGAGGAGAGAAGGGCUCAGCAAGGUGUGAGGACAACAUUCUCAAGAACCGUGGUGAGUGAAUGGCCAAGAACUGCAAAAUGCAUUGCAUCUGUUCAGGCAUGGGGAAACAAGCUACAGAAUAGAACCGUGACGUGGAAAUGGCACACGGGAGCAGCAACCACGUGAAAACGUACACAUCAUGGAAAGAAAGCCAAACUGGAGCAGCUACCACAGAAGGAGGCUUUAUUUCACUAAAUGUAAAGAAACUAAAGCAAGGAUUACUGAGAAACUAUGAAGGAGUGCUUGUUUUAGAAGAGAAUCCAGCUGUUUGCCCUCCCUUGUUCAAAUAAACUCUAUAGCCACACUAAAACACUGAAUCAUGAACACCACAGCAUGUGUUACAGCAUAAGACAAUCAUUAUACACAGCAAGAAAGCUUUUAACAGAUCAAGAUUUAGCUAAACACUAAAGCUGUAGGAAGGGGGCUGCAUUCUCACCCUUACAGGCUGGGCAAUGGGGAUCAACAAAGUCAGAGAAUUUACUAAAGAAUAAUCAAUUCCCUUAUGAAACGUUUCCAAGUGGUCUCCGUGUCUUCUCUCUCCUUGGGUAGCUGUCCUAUGUUGAAGAAGUAGUGGAUGCACACUGGAGCUGGGAACUGCUGUGCUAGAACACCAUCCAAGUUUUCAGUCCAUUUCCCUGCCUCUCAAGGAGCAGAUUCAGUCCUUCCUUGUCUUCUUGCUCUGAUGCUCGUGUUCCUUAGGGCAGCUGCUGUCUGAUGGCCGUUUGGAACCACCGUGUUUCUUAGCUUCUUCCAGAAACUUGUCCAAACCAAAUGGAUCCUCCUCAAAUUGAACCGGUCCAUCUCUGCUCCUGCCUCUGCUGUUACGAUCCAAGUCGGAAAACUCUUUGUCAGGAACAAACCUCUUGGUCUUUAGUUGAGCCUCUAGAUCAUCUCCAUACAUGUCCUUAUCCAUACUCUUACUUGGCCUGUAGAUGUUUUGGGCCAUAUCCUUGCCACUUCUCCAUGGCUGGUCAUAAACAUUAUACAUUUCAUCCUCUCCUCCAGCAAAGCCACUGUCCAUCCCCCUGCUCUGGUUGAAGAGCCUCUGGUCAUACUGGAUUUCAUUGGAUGGCCUGCGGGUGGGUACCCCCAGGGCAAUAACCUCACUGAUAUCUCUGUUCUCAUUUCUUUGCAGCUUUGACCUCUUACCAGGAGCUGCCCGGGAAAGGUUCCUGUCGUGCUGUCUCUCCUUGCGCCGGUCGUGUCUGAUUUCAUCUCUCGCUCUAGCCUCUCCAUCCUCUUUUUCAACAGGGGUUUUGAUCCCUGCUCUUCUCUCCCUGGCUUUCUGAGCCAUUUCUCGGAGCUUUUGCUCGUGCUUCUCCUUUUCUUUCUGAGCCAUCUUCCUCUCCACCUGGGCACGCAUCUCCACUGCCUCGCGGGCCUUUCUGUCAGCAAUAUAGAGCGCCUCAGCAAGUUUGGCAAAGUUUUCAUUAAUAUGAACAGCCUGCAAUCCUCUGCCAUCUGCGGCCAGACGCUUCUCCAAGGGAACGGUGUAACCCUUCACAUUUUUCCAGUUUGAAAUGCACGGAGGAAUUUUCCACUCUUGCUGCUCUUUCACAGUUAUCUUUCUGCUUGGAGAGUGCAUUACAGGUGCUGGAGGAGAUGGUGGUCCCCGUGGAAUCUUCUUGUUAAUUUUGAAUCUUGCAGGCUCCAGAGGGUCCUUCUGCAUUUCCACCACCCGAAUAACUCUCUGCCUCGCUCCAGAGUUGAACGCAGCUCCUUGCUGACAUGGUGUGUACCGAAUGUACUGUGCAGGAGCUGCCUUCUCAGCAGCUCCAACUGGCAUGGCUGCUGCAACUUUUUGGGACACUAAUUUCUCCAAGGCUGCUCUUGUCUUCUUUGUUAUCUCUCUAACUGCGUUCUCAUCUGGUCUCUGCAGUUCAGGAUCAUCCACAUUCAUGACCUCUUUUGGCACAAGAUCUGUGUACUUGCUGUAAAUGACCUUGUCCUUUGACUGUCCUUGUCGAGCAAUUGCAUCGUAUUUUAUUUUCCCUUCUGCAUCCACCUGAAGAGCCAAAGCAUUGGACAUUUUCUUCUUUCGGCCCAUAUCCAAUGGAUAUUGGGCCACGUGAAUUUCUGGGAAGGCGCCCCCAUCUCCAAAAUCCUCCAGCGCCCGCGGUAUCCAUCCUUUCCGGUAACCAUAUGGGGGAGGUUCCCUUUGUGAGGAAACCAGAGCAGUCUGCCUGCAUCUCUGAGCUCCUGCUCUUUCUUCUGCUUCUAGCUGAUCUUGGCAAAGCUGGGUUGGAGCUGGCAAGAAACUGGUGAGCACCAUCUUGACCACGCACGCUGUCCACUCUGCCCCACGCCUGGCCUGUGACUUUCCUCUUCUGACAAGAUUAUUUGCAGCAAUGAGUUUAAAGUUCUUAUCUAAGUCCUAUCACUUUGAAUUUUAUCUGCAGCGGUUCUUCAGAGCUUAGAAAUAAUUAGACCACAAAAAAAAAAAAAAAAAAGAAAAAGAAAAAAAAAAAGAAAAAAAACACCAAACCUGCAGCUCCAGCAGACACAGAAUACAGCCUGACACCCUGUGGGUCAGGGUGGUGGCAGCAGUCUGAAUCAAUGGUGGCUGCACUUCUCCUGCAGGGACAGGGGCUGUUCUGUGUGAGCAGAUCCUGCAGAAGGAUGGAGUUUUCCUCUAGAGGUCCACUGGUGAAGUAGAAGGGUCUGUUCUUCCUCUGGGAAUCCAGUGGAAAAGGUGGCUGUGGUGUUUGAAGUCUCAGAUUAUAUCCAGGCAGGAAUGCUUGGCUCCUCCCCCUGGGCGGAGCAUCUCACAAUGGGAUAAUGGAAUUUUAUCAGCCAUGCAGGGACACUCAAUGGCCCUUUUAGGAUAAUGGAAUUUUAUCAGCCAUGCAGGGACACUCAAUGGCCCUUUAACAGGAGAUAUCUCCCUUUCAGGGAGAAUGGGUCUUGGAAGAGAUAAAGAACCCUGCCCCACCAGGUUUUAACAGAUGGUGGCAGAAUACACCUGGUUACAUCUUGCAUUGCAAUCUGAGACAGUUUAAUAUUUUCUAGACUGUAAGAUAUAGAGUUGUUUUCUUGUAAGAGGUAACAGGAACCCGACUAGAACAGCUCUGAUGAAACACUGAUAAACACCUGUUUGUGGAUAAAGAAGAUACAGUGUAUUCACCCUUGAUUUUGUCAAGGAUUCUAUUGCUUGUUACGAUCUUUGUUACAACUGCUGUUUUGUUUUCCACAGAUAACACAGUGAGAGCCUGUGAUGAUUUUACUUUAUGGCUAUUAUUGAUUUUAAGCUGUUUUAGCAUUUUCCUUCGUUUCAUUUUGCUGUCAUAAGUAAAUGACUCUUUAGAAAAGUAUUAUCUCAACUUCUAGACAGCAUUACCAAUGAUAUAUUGAUUACAUGAUGUGAAUUUACUGAUCUUAUGAUAGGCAUUAUUCAUAGGAUGCUAUUAGAGUAUUUAUAGCCAGCUUCUUCUAUGCUUUAACAUCUCUUUGUGUAAUUAUCUAAAAGACGUGUGUUAUUUCGGGACCCUUCCUUCUUGUUCUCUAGCUCUUUAUGCAUCUCUUAGAUCAGGUUAGCUCUCUGGCUAGUCCCUGCACUGGCUCUGUGGUUUGAUCCAAUGAUGUCUCAUAAUUUUCAGUAUUUUUCCGAGUUCCAAGAAAAGACAUCUGAGCUUCAUUGCAAGUCUCCUCUGAACUGCUGGAUCUUGUGGUUUUUCCCAGUUAUUAUUACAGAAACACUUCAGCAGUUUGCAUCUCUGUCCUGAAGGAAACUUUGGAGGGAUACAGCUACUAGAUGCUUUGUUUUAUAUACUGCUAGAUCCAUUAUUUUAGAGAUUCCUAAUUACCCAAUUUCACAUGGAUUAUUAAUCUUGUGUACUAUCUGAAAUAUUCUUAAUUUGUGUACAUGGCUUAUUCCUGAUUGCUCUCUGUUCAUUUUCACUACAUGUAUUCUUUUGCCUUGAUGUUUCCUCAUGCUCAGAACCAAACACAAGCUUCUCAUUAACACCAAAAAAAGGAAAAAAAGGGGGGAUUUAGUGCUUUAAGGACAUCCAAAUAAUGUAAUACAUACAUUAGAAAUUUAGACAACAAAUCAUUAUUAAUAUUGCAAUAUUUAGCUAAGAAAUUUGGAAAAAAUAACUUCAAAUCUAGAUCCCAAUUGAGUGUGCAACAGCAAAGCUUAAUUGAUUCAUUGACUUCAAGAGAGGACAUGCUUGUGUCUUACCAUCACAAGGGUCCAAGUGGUCACCUCUUUGUUCGAUCAAUCACCAACUGCCUCUGAGAAAAUGAGGCCCAGCAGAAAGAGAAAGAACCCAAUCACCCGGCAGCCUUCAUGGCCAGAGCAGGAACAGAAGUUCAACUGCCAGGACAGAGCUGUGUCUGCAAACUUACAGAAGCAAUUUUGCCUUAUGUCACCAUCAUGGUACAGUGUUCCUAUUAAUCUUCUCCAGCUAUUCCCUGUUCCAGGACCCAGGAAGACAUUCAGGGAUGUCAAACAUCAGCAUUACCACCUCAUCAGCUUCCUCCUGAGUCUCAACAACUUGGACUUUAAACAAUGGUACGAGAACAACUGGUUCAAGGACACAGAGCCAUCCAUGAGCCCUUGCAAGACCCCAGUACUUGUUAUAAAAUAAGAAACCUAGCAAGUGGAGCUUACUCCAUGACCUGUGAAAAAUUAACUCUGUGAUGGAGAGCAUGGGCACCCUCCAGCCUAGAGUGCCUUUCCUACAAGGAUACCUGCCUCCUGGGAAAGCCUGUUUGUGGAGCUCAAACAUUAUUUUGUCACUAUUCCAUUGCACCCAGACCACACCCCAAAGUUGGAUUUUGCAGAGCCUUCUGUGAAUAACACAGCACCAGUGCCACGUUACCAACGGUGAGUUCUUCCCCAAGGCAUGACAAACAGCCCUGCAGUCUGCCAAGGGUGCAUGGCACAGGCACUCUCAGCAGGGAGAGAACAAUUGCCAGACUGUGCUCACUACAUGGAUGACAUUUUGACUGCAACCCUGUUGUGAUAGGUAAAAGAAUCAUGAAAGAAAGGCCUCAUAAAAACAGGCCUUGAAUUACCAGCUAGCCUGUCACUUCCUCUAAGUGCAGCUCAGCAGCCAGCUCAGUUCCCAUGUGAAAACACUUUGAGAAAGAGAAUCUGCAUUCAACUAUCUAUUGGUGUGGGUAAUCACAGCAAACUAUUUUUUUGGGGGGAAAAAUAAAUGGCCCUUGCAUAAACAAUAGAUCUAUCCCAUCAGAAUCAGUGAAGAAGAUAUGUAAACAAUUGAAGAAUAAAGAGAUUUGAUGGACAAGAAAAAUACCUUUUACAAACCAAUAAAAUAAUUGGCAAACAAG